GACUACAAAUUACACUUGAGAGCCUGUCAACAACUAACAUGGCGUAACCAGUAGAUGAACUUUCACUGCUGUUUUCACCCCAAAAGAAAAUGGAGUUAAGCAAAAUAGCAACAAAUAUGAUACGCUCCGUCUCCUCUGGACAGACGGUCGAAGUCCAAAGUCUUUGGAGCAAGCAAACUGCAGUCAUAGCAUUUCUUCGUCGUUUUGGAUGACAGUUGUGCAGGCUGUGGGCUGUGGAGUUAAGCUCCAUUAAACCACAGCUAGAUGCACAUAAUGUUGCUUUGAUUGGAGUUGGUUUAGAAGAACUUGGUCUCGAAGAAUUUCAGGAGGGCAAGUUUUUCACUGGAGAGCUCUUUAUUGAUGGGGAGAAGAAAUGCUAUAAAGAUCUUGGUUUUAAAAGGUAUGGUACGCUUUCUGUAAUGGCCAGUCUUCUCACCAAGGAAUUCAGAUCAGCAUAUGCCAAGAGCAAUGCGAAAGGAAUUAAAGGGAAUAUGAAAGGGGAUGGUCUACARACUGGCGGCAUGUUGAUUGUGACAUCAGAAUCUAAAGUAUUACUAAGCCAYGCCCAAAGYGCACCUGGUGACCAUGUUUCUAAUGAAGCAAUAUUGAAAGCACUUGGGAUUGAUGCRGAGCCAAGUCAAGAAACCAGCAAAGAAGAAGGUGCUGCUAGUGCAAAACCAAAAAUGGAAUGCAAUGAAGAUGUCUGUUCACUUCCUCCAAAAGAAAAGUAAUUCYGCAGGAUACAUUAACACCUGCAAAGUACCAUUGGAGCAAUGGAUCAAUAUCAUUAUCAUAUGGAAACAAGACCAUAGUUUGGAGCAAUUCAAUGUGUAACAAGUGUUUAUGAUGCCAGUUUUACCAAACCUGUUUGAACAGAAUUAAACUGGUUGAUGAAAACAGGAUUUACUUGUUUGAAACUUGUUAGGGAAUAACAAAGAACUAUAAUGUCAAUUGAAUGGGAUUGUUUGUAAACAUUUUUUACGUCUAAUUAAACAAUUAUUGAAUUA